CCAUCCACAGUGCAGGAGCAAAUAAAAUGAACUUGUCGCGUUACCUGCUUAAAGGCGCCGCCGGUUGUGUGAACAGCCCACCUGCUCACGGGAUAAGUGAAUGGUUCCUUAUGGAAAGUUUAAACAAGGAGAAAAACUAGAAGAUUAAUGAGGACAAGAGUCUUUGAAUGUAAAGCUGGCAAUAAGAGAGCGGAUUAUAUCCCAUAGCGAGGAAUCCGAGCGCGUGUUGUUGUCAAACGAUGCGGAAACAACAACCGAAGCUACAACAAACUGGAUUUUGAUAUUUACACGCGCUGGGAGCAGCAUGUCUUGGCUCAGGAGAAGGGUGAAAAUGUUGCAACUUGGAGUGACACCCAAACACCCUGAAGUUUUCUGCAUGAUGGGACUAUUUAUGUGCUAUGCAUCGGCUGGUUUUAACACCAUUCCGCGGAACUAACGGGUUAAGUUGCGACCUGAGUCAUCAUGUCAAAAGUCAUUCAGAAGAAGAACAACUGGAUCACCAAAGUGAACGACUGCCUGGUUAUCCGGGGCGCGUCCGGGGAGCUGAAUGUGGAUCUGCGCGGCGGAGCUGAGAAUGGAGAGUUUCCGUAUAUCGGGCAAGUUAGGGAGGAUGCUGUGGUUUACCAGGACGGUAAACUCUGCGAAGGGGAGCUGCUCCUGGCGGUCGAAGGGGUGCCUGUGUCUGGAUUACCCCUCUAUGACAUUUUAACUGUGAUUAAGUGCUGCAAAGGUCCCGUCAAGUUGAAAACUGUGCGCCAAGGUCACAAGCUCAACAAGGACCUGAAGCACUACCUGAGCCUGAGGUUUCAGAAGUCUUCCCCCGACCACGAGCUGCAGAAGACCAUCCGAGCCAAUCUGUAUCGCCAUGCUGUGCCUUGUACGACCCGCCCCCCUCGAGACGGAGAGGUCCCAGGGGUGGAUUACAACUUCCUGUCUGUGGAGGACUUCCUAGAACUUGAAGAUAGUGGCACACUACUGGAAAUAGGAACAUAUGACGGUAACUAUUAUGGGACCCCCAAGCCGCCAAGGCAGCCCAUCGGUGGUACAGUGAUUCUCAGUGAUGCAGGCUCCCAGCAGUCCACCCCAAAGCGCACCAAGUCCUACAAUGACAUGCAAAACGCCCGAGUAGUGCCUGCUGACGAUGACGAUGACGACCAGGCCACGGAAAUGAACAACAGUUUUACAGGAUCUUUAGUGCGUAGUCUCUUCCCCUCUCCUUUGUUGUGCACAGGUAACCCUAACGACCAGGACGAGAGCCGCGGCGGCAUCCUCCGGCCGUACCCCGCACGUGACAAUGCUCCAUCCUGUGGUCUGAACAAUGCGGCCACCUCCACCACAGAAAGCGGGCAGCAGACCCUUGCAGAACCGCAGGUCUCUCCGGAAGACCCACAGGGGCCGCUGCCUGAAAACUGGGAGAUGGCCUACACUGAGAGCGGAGAACUUUACUUCAUAGACACGGCAAAGGCACACCACCAGGACAUGGAUGUGUAUUUUCAGAGCUUCCACAACACAAAGACCACAUCAUGGCUGGAUCCUCGGUGUAGAGACAAAGGCUCCAGGCCUCUGGAAGAGUGUGAUGACGAUGAAGAAGGGAUACAUACGGAGGACCUGGAGACUGAGCUUGAGCUGCCUCCAGGAUGGGAAAGGAUAGAAGACCCAGUGUACGGGGUGUACUAUGUAGAUCAUAUAAACAGGAAGACCCAGUAUGAGAACCCAAUGGUGGAGGCGCGGCGUCGGAAAAUCCUGGAGCAGCAGCAGCCGCAGCCUCCAGAAGGUGAGCGGUAUAUUCGAGAGUGGAUAGAGGAGCACUCAUCAGCAGCGGCUCCAUUAGCAAACUACGCUCCAAACCACCUGGAGACCUACAGGGACCCGCAGGUCCCACCAACUCUACCUCCCAUGCCUGCAGGAGCCAAACGAGGGAAGCCUUUUUUCACAAGGAACCCAGCAGAGCUGAAAGGAACCUUUAUCAACACAAAGCUGAAGAAGAGUCGUCGCGGCUUCGGCUUCACUGUGGUCGGAGGUGACGAGCCAGAUGAGUUUCUACAGAUCAAAAGUCUGGUGCUGGACGGGCCUGCAGCCGUGGAUGGCAAGAUGGAGACAGGUGAUGUGAUAGUCAGUGUGAAUGACACCAUUGUGCUGGGCUACACCCACGCUCAGGUGGUGAAGAUCUUCCAAUCCAUCCCCAUUGGUUCCAUGGUGGACCUGGCCUUAUGCCGUGGCUACCCGCUGCCCUUUGACCCUGAUGACCCAAACACCAGCCUGGUGACCUCAGUGGCGAUCUUAGACAAGGAGCCUAUCAUCGUCAACGGACAGGAGGCGUUUGACUCGCCUUCCAACCAGGCUGGUUCCGUUAAUGGCAUGAGGGAGCUGCGGCCGCACAGCCCCUCGGCGGAGGUGGCGUCUAACGGCUCGCACGGCUACUCCAGUGAUGUGGUCACACUGGCCUCAUCCAUAGCCACCCAGCCGGAGCUGAUCACCAUCCACAUGGAGAAGGGCGACAAGGGAUUCGGCUUCACAAUUGCCGACAGCCUGACUGGAGGAGGGCAGAGGGUCAAGCAGAUAGUGGACUACCCGCGCUGCCGUGGCCUAAAGGAGGGGGAUAUUCUGAUGGAGGUCAACAAGAGAAAUGUGCAGAAUAUGAGCCACAAUCAGGUGGUGGACCUGCUGAGCAAAUGUCCCCGAGGCAGUGAGGUCACAAUGCUGGUGCAAAGAGGAGUGGUGCCAGCCAAGAGGAGUCCAAAGCUGAUGCACCAGUUAGAGAGGAAAGACAGCCAGAGCAGCUCCCAGCACAGUGUUUGCAGCCAUCGCAGCACCCACACUGAUUCUCCCAGCCACCCACCCUCUGCCAUGCCCAGCGAGGCUGUGGCUCCCACUCCUGCUGCCCCCACCCAGCCUCUGCCAGGCCUGCCCCCUCAGGACCCUGCAGAUGGCACCCUCACCCUCCAGAAGAAGCCAGACCCCUUUAAGAUCUGGGCACAGUCCAGAAGCAUGUACGAGAGCCGACUGCCAGAUUGCCAGGAGCAGGACAUUUUCCUUUGGCGAAAGGAUACAGGCUUCGGCUUCCGUAUACUGGGAGGAAAUGAGCCCGGGGAGCCUAUCUACAUAGGGCACAUAGUGAAGUAUGGGGCAGCAGAUGAAGAUGGACGCCUGCGGUCGGGUGAUGAGCUCAUCUGCGUGGACGGCACGGCGGUGGUGGGCAAGUCUCACCAGCUGGUGGUGCAGCUGAUGCAGCAGGCAGCCAAACAGGGCCAUGUCAACCUCACUGUCAGACGCAAGUCCCCUGGAUACGGAGUGUCAAAGGGGGAAGGUGAUGUUCCCCCAUCGCCGGCCUCCUCCCACCACAGCAGCACACAGGCACCCAGCCUGACGGAGGGCAAGCGGACCCCCCAGGGGAGCCAGAACUCUCUCAACACCGUCAGCUCUGGCAGCGGAUCUACCAGCGGCAUAGGCAGUGGCGGUGGAGGUGGCAGCGGGAGUGCAGUGGUGCCUGCCUCCUUGCAGCCUUACGAUGUGGAGAUCCAGCGUGGAGAGAACGAGGGCUUCGGUUUCGUCAUUGUGUCAUCUGUUUCCAGGCCUGACGCCGGCACCACCUUUGCUGGAAAUGCUUGUGUGGCCAUGCCCCACAAAAUAGGACGCAUCAUCGAGGGCAGCCCGGCGGACCGCUGCGGGAAGCUGAAAGUAGGGGACCGAAUAUUGGCUGUUAACGGCUGCUCUAUCACCAACAAGUCACACUCAGACAUCGUAAACCUGAUCAAGGAAGCCGGGAACACAGUCUCGCUCAGGAUCAUCCCAGGUGAUGAAUCUUCCAAUGCUUCUCUGCUGACUAAUGCUGAGAAGAUAGCUACCAUCACCACCACACACACACCUCAACAGACCACAGAGUCCCGGAAUAACUCAAAGUCGAAAGGAGCUCCUCCUCCUCCACCCAUACAAACUCAGACAACACAGGAUGCUGAGUUCUACUCUGUGGACCUCGAGCGGGACAGUAAAGGUUUUGGCUUCAGCCUGAGAGGAGGACGGGAGUACAACAUGGACCUGUAUGUGUUAAGACUAGCAGAGGAUGGGGCUGCUGUCAGAAAUGGCAAGAUGAGGGUGGGAGAUGAGAUCCUGGAGAUUAAUGGUGAGAGCACAAAGAACAUGAAGCAUUCACGUGCCAUUGAACUUAUCAAGAACGGUGGUCGGAGGGCGCGGCUCGUCCUCAAACGGGGAGAUGGAUCUGUACCUGAAUAUGACGGCAGCAGUGACGGGCACCCUCCCACACCCGGGGCACAAAACACUCCGGAAGUGAGAACGCUGCCACCUAACAGCCGAUAUCACACCUCAUUGGAGUCCAGUUAUCCACCAGACCUUCACAAACCAUCACGCCAGGAGGAGGCUGCGUGUGGCCGAGACAGGGAUAGGGCUGGGUCAGAUCAGAUGGACUACCAAGGCCGGCAAUUUAACCCCCACCAUCAUCACACCUGGAAUAACAAUCACAGUCAAAGCAACCCCAGACAACAGUCUCCAGAUAACAGUAACAGCAGUAGCAGUGGCAACAAGAAGAGUCGAGGCCGCAAAGUCAAGAAGUCUGAGUCGGAGAGCGGCAUUUCUAAACUCCUAAAGACUUUGAGGAAAGACAGCUCGGGGAAAAAGGCUGCAGCUGCCGAGAAACUGAGGGGGCGAGAGCUUUCAAGCAGCAGUUCUACUUUGGACGGGAGGUUUCGUCAGCAGCGCCGUGGCUCCCUUGACCGGUCUCCAGCACUAAAGCGGGCCUCGUCUCCUGAUCGCCGGCGGGCCAAGUCGAUGGACCGCAGGGCAGAGCGAGCGCAUCGGGACCGCACACCUGAGAGGGAGUACGAUGAUGGCGGGUUCCUCGCAGUCACCCCUGAGCGCAAGUUCUAUGAGCGGAGGCUCCUCAAGGACUCGCAGAUGGCAGGGCAAGUCAGGGAGGCCUCAACCCCUGAGCGCACCAACAACAACGGGGAUUCCUUGUCUCUUUCCAGGGGCCGUACAUAUGAUAGAGCCACAAAGAACGGCAACCUCCUGAGAGACUCUUCCUCAGAGAGGAGGGAGGAGGGAUAUCUGAUGAACGGGACACCGGAGCGACGAAACCGAGUGGAGCGGGACUCUUCCCCUGACAGCAAUUACAGCCGGGACGAGCUGAACUAUGCAGCAGCACCCAGACUGAAGGACUACUACGGCAUGAUGAAGAACAACGCUGCACACAACAAUGCUGCCUACAACAACACAGGCCAUAACAAUAACACAGUAGGCCGCAGCCCAAACCAGCUCCCUGAGCCCAAGAGAAGGCUGUACAAAGAAAGCCCCAAAGAUCUCAGCAUCUAGAGCGGAGAUCCCUCUCGCCACUCUCUCCUCUAUCUGUGCAAACUAUGUACCAUACACUGGAAUUGGACUUCUGAGGAUACUAACUCUUGUGCUUUAUUUGGUCGACCGGUUUAUUGAUUGAUUUGAUUGACUUAACUACUUGUGAUCCCAUCCAGAGAUUCAUAAAACAGCAGGAGUACAAUCCUUCUAUCAGUUCAUACUGGUGGUUUUGUCAUUGUUAUAGUUAUUUUGAACAUAACGGAGGUUGUUGUACUAUAGUAAAGGUAUUGUAUGUGCCUGCAUAUAAAAUCAGUGAUAUUGCUUUUUGUAGGCAUUGCUGAAUCUAGAUAUUUGUUCCCCUUAGAGGUAUAAAACAUGCUUCCAGUUGUGGUAUCUUCUAACUACUAAGCUUGUUUUUAACUUGUUUUUAAAUGUCUGUUCCAUUCCUGAAUUGCUUUACUGAACAAACUAUAGCACAAGACACUGAUGGUUCACAAGAGCUGUGACUUCAGACAAAAAUCUAAAUUUAAGAUCUGAUGGUAAAAGUAGAUAAUUAUAUAAAUAAUUUUUUU